UGACGUCGAGUAGUGUUUUCUGACGCUAGUGCUGUUGAUUUGUUUUACUGUCGGGUGUGUCGUAGAAGGCGAGUAUUUUGUGAGUUCGGUGCUCACUUGAUGCAGACGUGAGCUGAGACAAUUUCCGUGGUAAUGGCAAACUCAAUAACGGAGAUCUUCUCUUCCUAUCAGGAAUAUCUGAACAAUGAACAAGAUUUGAGGGACGAAAUACGUAACAUUGUUAAGGACAUAGAACAACAUGCAAGAGAAAUACUAACAAUUCUUCAAGCUAUUCACCAAGAAGGGGGGAUUCGUGAAAUACCCAAGUGCUGUGAAGCUGCAAGAAAGCAGUUCAAUGAAGUGCAGCUCGCAUUUACUCGACUUGGUAACGCAAUCCCUGCCGAACAAUAUUAUCGUUUUAACGAUCACUGGCGAUAUGCUGUUCAACGGCUAGCAUUCCUUGCAGCCUUGACAAUUUACCUCGAGACGGGAGACUUGGCGACUCGUGAAACAGUAGCUGAAAUACUUGGACUUAAGACACGGAGAGAUGCAGGUUUUCAUUUAGAUCUGGAAGAUUACUUGAUGGGCCUGCUCCAGCUUUCAUCGGAACUGUCACGCUUAGCAGUCAACAGUGUAACCAUGGGCGACUAUGUUCGACCUCUUCAGAUUUCACGCUUUAUUGCUGAGCUGAGUGCCGGUUUUCGGCUUCUGAAUCUUAAAAAUGAUUCACUUAGAAAACGAUUUGAUGUUUUGAAAUACGACGUGAAGAAGAUAGAAGAAGUUGUUUACGAUUUGUCGAUACGUGGUUUGAAACCUCCUGAGGACCCCGAAAUCAAAUGCAGUGAAAGUGCUACGACGGAUUAGUGUAUGUAGCUUUGUUUCAUUUACGACUGCUGACACACUUUUAAUUAAACGAUUAUGUUAUCACUGUGCAACGUAAUCCGUAAAAUUUGUGAUGAGAAAACGGUUUAUUUAUUUUUUUGUGCGUGAAGAUUUCUAAGCCUAAGAGUGAUUAGCACAAUAUUUAUUAACGUGCUGUGUAGGCCUAGUACUACUAAUACAGGCACUUCUGCCAGUUUACGGUCAAUAUUUGGGUGAAUGUAAUCACCAUUUAGGACGUAUGUAUGAUGAUUUUUGGAACCCACAGUUGAUGUGAGUAAUGAAUAGGAAAGCUGUUCCUCAGUUAUACUGUGUUUAAAGCAUUUUUUGAAAGAAACAUUAAGGAUUAAGGACUCGUUGAAAAAUUUGUGGUUUCUAGUGUAACAUUUCUGACAAAUGAUUUUCCUAAACACAGCACAUGAUUAAAUACUUAUUCAUUUCUACAGUACAUUAGGAGCAGGAGUGGUGCAAGUUUAUUGCAUAAUUUCUAGCACGUGUGUGUGUGUGUGUGUGUGUGUGUGUGUGUGUGUGUGAGAGAGAGAGAGAGAGAGAGAAUAUGAUAGGCUCAAUUAUGUAAACAUAUACACUAGAAGAUAAUUUAAGCUUACUUCUCUUACAUAAAAAAUACAUGGUCUAUGAAAUGUUGAGCCACCAUUGAGUCACUAUCCUUGAUUAGCAGACUAACACCUGGGGUUUAUAAGGGAUGUUGCAAUUCGUUUACUGUUUGUUCGAUUCACCUGGAUAUUAACUAUGUAAGGGAACUCUUAUCUGUCUGAAUUAUCAGUGUGUGGUAUUUAUUUUAAUGGAUUCUGCAGAAUAUUUCUCUUCUAGCUUCAAAAUUCAGUGAAACUGUUGGAUUCAAUUCCUUUCAAUUUUUUAUUUAAAAUUGGUUACUGUUUCUUAAUUUUAGAACUGUUUUCACAAUUUAAUGAAUGUAUGGCAUGUUUGCAAAGCAGACAGUUACUGAGGCCCUUAGAUUUGAUCUAAAUAAUGACUGCUUAAAGCUGUCCAUGUAUUCGCCACUGAUAUUUUUUAAAAAUUUGCCUGUGCAUUUUUGAUUAACUGGUAAGAAUCUUCAAAGCAGCUUGUAGUAAAAAAAAAAAGUUGUCAGUAGAAUUUUGUGCUCAUACAUGGAAUGACAAUAAGGUGGAGGCUCUAGGCAGUUGUCAGUGGUGUAUUUGAAAAUUUUAAAUUGUAUUCUUGUUUCAAACUCUACUGAUCUCUUAAUGACAAUAUUAUAACAGGUUAUUUUUAUUUCAGUACACAACAGAAUCAUUUGUCACCCAUAGAUUUAUUCCAGCCUUUCACAAAUCUUGAACUCUGUUAAUUAGAAUGAUGCAUUGUGAGAAUUAGGCAUGUAGUAACCACUAAAGCUGGACAGUUGCGAGUGUUUGCUGGUGUUACUAUUUGUGCCUUUAACUGUUUUUCCUGCAAUACAUGCAAGUCAUUGGUGAUGUUCCAGACUGUGCCUCAAGUGUGACUUUUGUUAAGAUAAGAUUUGACAUCUAAUUAAAGUAGUUUCAAACUGCAGAAUGUGUGACAAGAGGAGGGGAAUGCAAGUAAUACUUUGACAGACUGUCGUUUUAUGGUGUAUGCCUGCAUUAUUUUUCUGACAGUGUCUAUUUUCUCAUUAGCUGCAAUAUAUAUUCCCUUCUGUUGUUGGGUAUCUGUUUCUCUGGAAUGCAAGAGACAUUUAAGUCAAUGUUGAGGGGCACUUAGGUGCUCAUAAUGUAUGAUAAUAUAUUGCUUUUAUCUGAUGUAAUAUUUUUCUCAAUAAUUAUGUAGCUAUUGUAGCUUCAAAUUAUAUUGGCUCUAAUUGAGUAAUUAUAAAAAUACUGUAGUCAUAAA